AUGGAUGAGCAUGUAGUGGUCUCCUCCAUGGUUUGUCCCAGAUAUUUCCGAAUCCCUUGCGUGUUUGAAAUACGCAGCACAAAUACACAUCCAUAUGACCAUAUCAUAAAACUAAUUCGACGACUUGGUGUCCACUCAAACUAUCAAUGGUUCAAGGAGAGGAUCAGUAGUAAUACAAUGACUUCUUCAGUCCUUCCUACCAAUUUAUUGGAUUUCCGUGACGGCGGUGCUUUCCCGGAGAUUCAUAAACCUCAGUACCCUCUUGGCAUGGGCAAGGAGGGCACCAAGUCCUCAAAGCUCCAAUCCAAAUCUCUUCCGGUUUCUUUUGAUGCAUAUGGAAACAUAGCCUAUGAUGUCAUUGUUAAGCAAAACGAAAAUGCCAAAAGAACUGUGUUCUCAAAGCAUAAAGACCUUGUGCCUCUAAUUUUGACAGACAAUGAAGAGGAGGAGAACAUGUAUAGUGACGAGGAGAUGCAGAAGGAGAAUGAAAAAACCACAAUAGAAACAAAAGCUGCUCUUGAGAAGAUUGUUAAUGUGAGACUGAGUGCUGCAAGGCCAAAAAGCCAACCGAAACAGACCCAAGACUCGAAACUGAUCAAGUACAGACCAUCACAGACGUCGGUGGCAUUCAACUCUGGUGCUAAGGAGAGGAUGAUAAGGAUGGUGGAGAAGCCUGUGGAUCCACUUGAACCUCCCAAGUUUCGGCACAAGCGUGUUCCGUGGGCUCCUGAAGAGCCGCCUGUCCCGGUGCUACAUUCUCCUCCUAGGCCGGUGAGUGCGGCUGAUAAGAAGGACUGGAGUAUUCCGCCUUGUAUUUCACAGUUCAAGAACCCGAAAGGGUAUACAAUCCCAUUGGACAAACGCGAAGGGGUUGAUGGGAGACGCCUUCAAGAUGUUCAGAUCAGUGAGAACUUUGCACAUCUUCAUGACUCUUUGCAUGUAGCACUAGUGAAAUGUAAGGAGGAACUUGAUCUAAGAGAGAGAGUUCAGAUGGAGAGGAUGGAGAAGGAGCAGGAAAGGAGAAACCAGGAGCUGAGAGAUAUAGCUCAGAGAGCUCGUGCAGAGAGAACAGCUAUUGCUGCUGCUACUCCAGAGCCUAAUGGUGAGAAGACGGCAAUGGAUACUGAUGAAACAAAAGAAGAGAGAUUGAAGCGGGAUGAGAUUCGUCGAGAGAGGGAAAGGGAGAGAACGUUGACAAAGAAUAAGAGAACAACAGUCACAAGAGAUGGCGAUCGUGAUAUCUGUGAGAAAAUUGCUCUUGGCAUGGCUUCUACUGGAGUUGGAGGGGAAAGAGGGGAAGAGGUUAUGUAUGACCAAAGGUUGUUUAGCCAGCAGAAAGGAAUGCACUCUGGGUUUGGCAAUGAUGACCAGUACAAUGUCUACGAGAAGCGCUUGUUUACUGCUCAGUCUACACUCUCGAGCCUGUACAGGCCUAAGAAGGAUGUAGAUGCUGAUACCUAUGGAGGUGCUGAUGAGCAGUUGGAUAAGAUCAUGAAGACUGAUCGCUUCAAACCUCACAAUGGAUUUGGAGGAACUACUGAAAGGGCAGGUCCGAGAGAUAGACCGGUUGAGUUUGAUCAGGAUGUUAAAGAAGCUGAUCCCUUUGGUCUUGACGAGAUAAUGGCAAAGAUGAACAAGGCAAGGUGAGGAGGCUGAGGCACAACUCAGUCCUCAUCAGCUUGUUUGGAAGUCAACAGGUACUUAUAUUUGCCCUUGAUGUUUCUCCUUUAUUGCUUAUUAGAGAGUAAAAGUGAAAAUUGUAGUCUUUUUUCAUUAUUUUUGCUACAGUAAUAUUCAAUUUUCCAGACUAUUAAUGAAAAAAAAUUGCUAUAUUACCUAAUUGAAUUACUAAAUGAUGUUACUAAAGAACCAAAUAAUCGAAGUUCUCAUGUCAAUACCUUGGCAAUGUAGUAAGUUAAUGGAACCAGAGUCGUUGGCAAACAUAAGAUUGUUGUCGAAUCAAUAUGGACUUCCACAAAGCAAGAAUACUUUAUUUAUCGUGGUUCCAGCUUGAUAACCAAUCAAUGUUAAAACAAUGUUUACACAAGAUGUGAGCAUCAGAAAUAUGGAACAAGCAACAUACUUUUACAAGAACAGUACUCAUUCCCUGUGGUUGUUUGCGUAUUUAUAUGGAGAAGAAUGUGUAGCUCGCUAUAUAUAUAAAGUUAAACAGUUCAUUUUCCCAACACACAAACAAA